AUGGCUCGUAAUAAACAACUAUGGUAUAUUAUUGAUACACAAGAGUCUAUUUUCAAAGGAAGAAUAAGUAAACGAAGUACAGUGGAUAAUAAGCGUCGUUUUGUCAAUACAGUAAAAAGACGAGAUAUUCUUGUAACUGGUCGUGGUAUUGGGGGGUUGGUGGGGCACGUGGCUAUUAUAACUUCAGAUAAUUGGGUACUUGAAAUGAAAGGGAGGCCAGGAUGGCAAAAUGGAAUAAAAAGUAACAAUCGACAAAUUAAUAAAUAUGAUUGGUUUGAGGAACAUAAAUCCGAUUGGACGACCGUGUAUAGCUGUCCAGAUGGAAACGUAGCAAGAGAUGCUGCGAGUUGGGCAGAUCGCAAGUAUUAUAAUCCACAAAAUGGUGCCAAGAAAGUCAUACAUGUGACCUACAAAAUAAAUACGGAUAUGCGAUCUACGAAUCCAAGCUAUUGUUCAAAGCUUAUAAUACAAGCAUACUAUUUUGGAACUGGUAAGCGGAAAGUCAUUCAGGAUGCUAUUUUUGACCGGAUAAUCGUGCCCACAACAAUUCCUAUGUACUUCCGGAGCAGUUAUAAGUUAAUUAACAAAGGAAAAUUU